AUUAGUAUUAAAAUGGAUUAAAAUAUUAGUGGUAAUAAUAUUUAGUGAAAACAGGUUUUAAAUGUAGUUAACAGGUUUUCGUUUGAAAUAAAUCAGUUUAUAAUGGCAAGGGCUACCACUUUUGACCUUUAUAAAAAUGUUAGAAAGGUUUUAAACACAUCUGGGAAUAACUUAACAGACUUUUGCAGUGUAAUCUCUAAGUUGAGUAGAGAUAAAUCCAAGAGAUUAGUAUUAAAUUCUGUGGAUUCCAUUUUUGAGGGAAUCAACUUACCAGAGAUUCUGGAACUAAAGAGUGAAAGUCAGAGUUUAUCAGUAGCGAAAUCUCUAGUUAAAGUUCCAAAGGCUCUUUUUUUACCCAGAAAUUUAGAUGAUGAUGCUAAAUGUCACAACUUACCAAAACUGUUAGAAAGUAGUUUAACACAAAUAAACGAUCCAAAGUGGAAAUACUAUGAGUUAAACUCAGUUUUCUCAUUACUGAUAAGUACUACUCAAUUCUUAUCAGAUAAUUCACUCCAGGAUAAUUAUGGCCCUUUGAGGCCAUUUCUGAUUAAUUUUUUGAGAAAACACGAGGAGGAACUCCUUGGAAAUGAGAAAUUACCAGACAAGAAAAAGCUAAUAUUUUGUUUAACUCUAUUUAAUGUGUUUAAAACACACUCAAUUGACUCCCAAAAACUACACCAAAAGAUAAUUGAAAUAGUUGAAAAAACGCCAUCAAUAGUGAAACAAGUCCCUUUUGAAACUUUAUCAAUUCUCUCAAAGCUAAAACUCCCACAAAGUGCCAGGAAAUAUUACAAAGAAUACUUACAGUCAAUGGUGUUUGAGGACCUUUCUACUAUAGUAAGACACUCGAGAAUUGUAUUCAAACAGUUUGAUGAUAAAUCUGUGCUGGAAACCUUUUUAUGUUCACUGAAACAUAAAUUGAAGAAUGAAAAUUUUGAAAAACAUGAACUGAUUACAUUGUUGAGAAACGUGAAGCUCUUGAAUAAUCGUCACUCUGAUGAAGAUUUAAGUAACUUAGUUGAUUCUCUGCUGGAAUUAUUAUAUCCUAAAGUGUCACAAAUGUUACAUAAGACAGAGAAGAAAGUUUAUAGUGAGGAUGUAUUGAUUAUAUUUGACUGUUACAUGAGUGUGUGUAGGAAUAGUAGUAACAUAAUGUUGAAAAACUGUGUUGACGGGUUGGUAAAUUAUGUGUUGGAGAACAGAGAAAUCUUUACUCCAGUUCAGAUGAUAACUGUUUUGGACCACUUUAACACUGCAAGGAAUAGGAAUAAAAUAUUAGUGAAGGGUGAGUACUUGGAAAUGAAUGACCUGAGUGAUGAAUUGACAAAGUAUUUUCUCAAUCAAUUGAGUUUACUGGAGUUUAAUGAAUUGUGUGAACUUUUAUAUUCUGUUUCACUGAAUAAUUACUUUAAACUGUACCAUAUCAUGUCCUCUUUCCCACUUGGGUCUAACAAUACCCUAACACCUGAGGAACAAAAUUUAAAAGUUAAAGUCAUGGAAAUUGUCAAGAGAAGAAUUAUACACAGUUUGGACAACAAUAAUAAUAGCAUAAUAUACAACAAACACAUAUUAAACAUUAUGUUGUUUAAGGAUAAUGAUAUUAAUGCCUUUUUCGGGUCUAAUAUUGAUAAUAUUACUGAUACGUUAUCUGCAAAUCAAAUUAUACAAAUUAUAAACAAUCACAAUCAUAACAACUUAAACCAUAAGGUAUUGGAUGGAGUGUUGAACAAAUUGGAAAAUAAGUUAUUGUCAAUAGGGAAAUUGGAUGUAUUAACAAACUUAGUAGAGAGAAAUAAGUUAAUAAAAGUAAACUCAACACUGACAAAUAAACUAUUUUCAAUAUUAACAUAUAAACUAAUACAUACCAAAAAUGGGUAUGUGCAGCUGUUACAAACCCUAGCAUACCUGUCAAAUGAAGUUGAUCGAUCCCUCAUUAACAUAGUAGUACAAUAUUAUAACCGAUACCUCGUCCAUUUAUCGGUCUAUGAUAUUGAGCUUCUGUUACUGUGCAUUAACAAGUAUAACUUGGUGGAUAAUAAUUUAUUAUCACUACUAAAUCACGUUUAUGAUAUUAACAUUUCAAACACUCCAAAUCAAAUAUUGAUAAAUAUAUUGAGAUAUUUGAAGGAUUUGAAAGUGAGACAUGAUCCACUGGUUAAAAAGUUUACCGACAAAUUAUUGAAUAACUUCAAGAGUUCAAAUUAUGUAAUUCAAGACCUGAUAGCGCUGGUUGACACUUUAUCAGCACUUUCAAUACCUUACAAUGAUUUGUACAUUUACCUGUUAAACUACCUCUCAUCCAAUGCUAGUAGUGGGAACUCAUCUUACUCACAGUCUAACCGCUUUAACAAUUUGGAAGUUAGAGAUAAAGUUGAUUUAUUGUAUUCAAUUGCAAAUUUUGGGAUUGUAGAUCAGAACUUGAAGAAAUUGUAUCUCUCAGUGAUUGACCAGUUAUAUCCCAUCACUCAAGAUGGUGAUGGUGCGAAUGAGUCUGAAAAGGGAACUAUGAAUACUAAAUCUACGUUUGAUGAGCUUAAGGAGAAUGAUUUGUUGUUGAAGUUGUAUGAAAUACAUAUUGACUUGGUCUUGAAUAAUAUUUACAAUGAGGAAGUGGAGUCGUUAGGAAAGAGGCUGGAACAGGCUUCAAAAGCUUGGUUUACAAGACAAGAAUUAAAGUCGCACAACUUCAAGAAAUCAAAUACAUACAUAACAGUAAAGGAGGUGUUGGAGAAGUUGGGUGUGAAAUUUGAUUCUGGAGUUACUGAGAUAUACUUUUGCAAUUUUGUGAUUAAGGAUAAAACAACCGUGAUCCAAGUGGUACCAGUGGAAGAUGAACUGAGGUUUUGGACCACAAACUUGGAUUCAAGGAACUUAGUUGAGAAUUCAAACCUUUACAUGGGAAACUCGCAGAAAUUAAUCAAGAAUCUGAAGCUUUCAGGAUAUCAAGUGGUUGAACUUUCACAGUCGAAGUGGGACUCAAUGGACUCUGAGAGAACGGAAUACCUUAAAAACUUGAUAAAAUAAUCUAAUAUAAAAUAUA